GAGCCGCGGGACAGAGCCGUCUGGAGCGCACACACCGAAAAGAUGGAGCUGUCGGCGGUAGGAGAGCGGGUUUUCGCCGCGGAAGCCAUCCUGAAAAGCCGCGUUAGGAAAGGUCGAAUCGAGUACCUGCUUAAAUGGAAAGGUUGGGCACUAAAACACAGCACAUGGGAACCAGAGGGGAACAUCUUGGAUGAUCGACUCAUCACGGCCUUUGAGCAAAAGGAGCGGCAGCAGGAACUUUACGGCCCAAAGAAACGUGGACCUAAACCAAAAAACUUUGUACUAAAGGCACGGGCACAGGCGGGUGAUAGACCUCGGAGCUCAAAUACCCAACGCACUCCACCUCGCACCACUGCGAAGCCUCCCGCCUCUUCCUCUUCUGCAAGUGCAGCUCCUCCUCCACCUUCAUCAUCCUCUUCCUACAACACUGCUCCAACCCCCAGAGUGCACUCUCUCGCCGCUGCUCAUAAACUGAAGAAAGACAUCCAUCGUUGUCAUAGGAUGUCUCGGCGACCUUUGCCACGACCCGACCCCCUAGGUGACCCCACAGGAACCACAUCCUCAUCCCGCCCUCCCAUCUCUCCGUUCUCUGAAACUGUCCGCAUCCUCAACCGCAGGGUCAAACCGCGGGAGGUUAAGCGAGGACGCAUAAUCUUGAACCUGAAGGUCAUUGACAAAUCCCAAAUCCCAUCCCGGAAUCGCAUCAUUGGGAAAAAGCAUGGGGACAUGCCUUACAGGCCUUUCCAGCAUCCUAUGAAGAUGCUGGGCUUCCCGAUGUAUGGCCAACCAUUCGGGCUUAACCCCUGUGGGUCAAUGUCCUCCAUGGCCAAUGAAGGAUCCAACACCGGAGUCAAUCGGAGAGGUGGAGGCUGCUGUGAUAGCCAUUCCUCUGCAAAUGCGCGGAAGUUUCAAUAUCAGCCUCCACCUUCUCCAUCCAGCUCCAGUGGGUCUAACAACAGCUCCCCCUCACCUCAGGAACAAGUGACUCAACCUGAAGCUCCAGCUAAAUUGGACUCUGCAGCCUCAUCACGUUCCCAAGAUGCCUCCCAACCUCACCCAAAGUCCAGCUCUGCGCCAUUCCUCCCUUCCUCACCCUCCUAUUCGUCCUCCUCUCUUGAAGGCGAAAAUCAGGGCUCUCCGAAUCUCGUCACUUCUCGGGGCGGAAAACGGAAACUUCGACAUCGAACCCAGGUGGGUCGAGCUUCGGUCUGCCAGGUUAGUGACCGCAAUACUGCCCCACUUCCUGAGGAAAACAGGGUGCCAAAAGAGGGGGAUCCCGAUUGGCACCCUGAAAUGGCACCCAGCUGUGCCAAUGUAGUCGUGACUGACGUCACUACAAACCUUCUCACAGUCACCAUCAAGGAAUUCUGCCAUUCGGGAGCUGGUUCUGAACCCUCCUCCCCUUGCCAAGCUGACAAACCACCCCGUCCCACCACAGCUGCCUCUUGAAAGUUCCCCCUAAAUGUCUCCGGUAAAAAUAUCUGCCCACUAAACCCCAAGAGAACUUGCCAUAAUGAUAUUCACGCACCCUAAAAUAGUUAAUGAAAUUAAAAUGUAUUUUUUGGGUGAAAUUAAGAUAUAUUGAAAUAAUAUUUAAAGGCAGAGGUGCUUUCCUUGACCUGUAAUUUUUAAACAACAUGUUAUGAUGGUUUUGUAGUACUUCAUGCUUUUUUCCCCCUCUUUUUUUCCCCAGUGAUCCUGUCUUUCCACAGCCUUUUUUCCCCAAGUAAUUGCACCUUGUCUUGUCACCUCCAGUCCUGUAGAGACCACCAUUCCCAUAUCUCCAGACCUAAAGCUCAGAAUCCACCCAAGAAAUGUUGAUCUCAACCGCUUUUUUGGACUCGAGAUGUUGCACCAAGACAUUUGUAAUCUUUUGAGGUCCAUUUUCAUUGGGAUACCGAACACCGGAUGCUUUGGAAGUUCAGCCAUGAACUUAUGAAGUAAUGUCAUACGCCCAUUUAGGCAUCCAACCCAUGCAUUGAUCUCACCAACCUUCUCUCGUGCUAACGAAGAACUUUGCUGAUGAAGAACCCAAGUCAUUGUGAAGCUCGCUGCCUAUCACACGGGCAUAGACGUGACUAUUUAUAUGCACCAAGCUGCAAAAUCCUGAGGACCGUUAAGUUAUUUCCUUCUGCUUGAACUCCGCUCUGAUCCAGUUGUCUGCCGAGACUAUAAAUUGACUCAAGUGUGAAUGCUGAGGACUGCAUCUGUAGUGUGGUACUGUACGUUAAACGUUCCACAUUAUCUAUCUAUCUAUCUAUCUAUCAGGAAAUAUUGGUAUUCACAUUAUUUAAACAAAAGUGGUUUCUGUGCAUCCAUAGUAGAUACACCACUUGCUGUCAGUUGUAGUUAAACGUUAAAAGAAUAGUUAAUCCAAAAAUGUACAUUGUUUUAGCAUUUUCAUUCAUUUACUCACCAUCAUGUUGUUCCAAACCUGUACGAUUUGUGGUAUGUUUGCCAGAAUGUUCCAUACUAUGAAAGUGGAUGGGGACCGGAGGCUGUAAAUCUCUAAAAAAGACAAAUGACUUGUGCACUGUAUUCCAAGAUGCAUAAAGCCAUUCUAUUGCUACCUGUGAGGAAUGGGAUGAAAAAUGUUGGCUUGCCAGCCUUGGCCACCAUUCACUUUCAUUGUAGGGAAAAGAGCAGCUUGGACAUUCUGACGAAUAACUCCUUUUAUGUUUUACUGAAGAAAUGUUUCAGAAUGCAUGAAGGUGAGUACAUGACGACAGUUUUGCAUGAACGUCAUUUAAUAUUUAACAUUUUUCUGAAAGCUAAAUGUUUUAGUUGCUGCAUGGUGUCAUUUUAUUAUUUUAGAAUUUAUUGAAAAUAAGUUGUGGGACGCUUUUCGCUUAGGCAUUUUUGAGCAGUCCAGCAAGCAAUAUUAUAACCUGCCACAUCAGGCCUGAAGAAACAGGCUAACACACAGUUUAUGGCAGCUAACCUGGUUGUACUGAAGGAUGAUAAAAUGACAGACUCCACCGGAGGACCAAGGCAAACCUCAUUAUAAGAUUUAAUUAUAGAACACAAUUAAGUUCCACUUGUAGUGAUACAGUCGUCCUCUAAUGUAGCAUUUAUUACUCUUAUCACUGUGCCUUUACGGAGAAAUGAAAACAUUUUUGAUGACUUUCAUCGUUUCCCCAAAUGAUUUACAAAUAUUGACAAUUUUUAAAUAUUUUCAUAUUUUUAGUAUGUGUGUGUGUGUGUGUAUUAACUUUUUAGUUUACCGGCUUCCAAACAUUAAUGUGAACUUAUCUACUCUAACACGAAGUUCUUUAAAAGCUUUCUUGUUUAUCAUAGUCAUACGUUUAUCCCAGGUCUGAAGUAAUUAAUGUUCUGAACAUAUCCCUGGUGCUGCCCCACGUAGGGCGCCACGUGUGGUGCAUCUACAAUAAUAUCUAAUAUUGAAGCAUCCCAUGAUGUUGUUUUCCUUUGCCUACAGUACAAAUUGUUCCACAUACAAACAGUCAAGUCCUUGUUUACCUUUAUAUCCUUAAUGUUAGAAAAAAAAAAUAGAUGUCACUAUGGUGUGAAACAAUGCAAGAUGGUUUCUCCUAAAGAGGUAGCUUAGCACUAUGAUAAUAUGUGGCCUACAUUUCAUGCAUUAGGGCUUGUAUUUUAUAGGAUGUAGCCACCAGAGACCAUCACUGCACAGACAAGAAGCGAUUAUGUUUAUAAGGUAAGGAUGAAGGUAUACUGGAGGUUACAUCCUCAAAUUUCAGUGUCUGAUGUGUUUUUUGUUCAUUUUAAGAUGAAUUAUUACAUAACCGUGCCGUAGAAAUGAAUGAUACAUGCUGCCUUUAUUUUAUAGCCAUUGUUCAUUUUUACUAGUCUGCUUUGGGUUUGAGAGAAUGUAGAACCCAAAAAAAAACAGAACUAAGUGUGAUUUAUAUGAGUUAUUUCUUUGGUAAUGUAUAAGGUUAAUGCCAUUGAUGAAGCUGAUUAUGAUAAUGAACUUAUGACAUUGUAAUGGAUGCAUGAUUUGAGAACCCUAAUUGUACAGGUCAUUUAAAUGUCAAUGUGUUUGUUGCUUUGUGUGUUUCUUGAAAGAGGCUUUUAAUAAAGUCACGUUAAA